AUGCUAAACGCCCACCAACAGUUGGUCAGGACUUCUUCCGGGAGACCUGGGCAAGACACACGGCAGCAGGCUCCAGGGGCCACCCCAGGUCUGCUCAAGCUUCUCUCAAGCACCCCCUACGCUGAGCAGAGGAGUGUUGGAAGCAGUGAUGGUGUUAUCCAUGCCCAGAAGCAGAGGUCUCAGAGCGCGGGGCAGACACCAAAGAAGAACCGGAGGCUCAGAGGCCGGAACAAGAAAGGGCAAAGCUCUGCGGAAGCUGAGGAUCUCGUCCCCUCUCCUCCUCGGAAACCCUCCUUCCCCUUCCAGUGGGCCUGGGAGAGCUUCACCGCAGAUGGCCGGGCCUUGCAUCAGCCGAGCUCCGUCUCGGGCCCUGGCCCGCAGGCCCUGCCUUUGCCCCCAGCGGUCCAUCACCACAGGUCCCGGCGCAGGUCCACGCCCGCCCUCCUGGAGGCCCACGGCUUCUGCUGGAAGGCAGAGGGGCCGAACCUGGAGAGGAGACAGCAGCUCAGGGCCUGCAGCUGCACCGCCAUCCCUCCGGGCAGGGGGACGAGCCAGGAGCUGGAGCUGCCUGGGGAGGGAGGCCUGCAGUCGCCCAGGAAGUCCUCGGGGUCCGGGUCGGAGCCCGAGGAGUCUGAGUCGGAAGGUCCGGGAGCCGAGGAGGCCGAGAGGGGUCUGAUUCCAGGAGAACUGCCCCAGCUCCCCAGGAAGGGGUUGAUCUUGGAGGAGAAGCAGUUUUCAGAGGCCACAGAGGAGGCCGAGGACAGGGAACACCAGGCCCCCCGGAGAAGGAGGACCAGUUCUCGAAGAAAGGGGCGGAAUUCUGGUGAGGAGGCCUGGGACGAGAGUGAAGUGCGGUGCUUGGAGAGCGUUUCCAGCUCCACCAGCCUCCGAGGACCACAGAGGAGGAAGCCAAGGGCCAAGGAGCUGGAGGGGCCGUGGGACCUGGAGAAGCUGCAGAGGCAGCUGCAGCAGGAGUUGGACUGUGGCCCCGGGAAACAGCCCUGGAAGUCUUUGCGGGCUGCUGUUCAGGCCUCCAACUGGAGCAGGAAGGCCCACCCCUUGGGAGAUGAUGAGACUUUUCUGUUUGCAAACUUCCCUAACCGCACCUUCCACAAACGACAGGAGGCCACCAGAAAUCUGCUGCGGGCCUGGGAGCGGCAGCAGCGGGAGGAGCAGCAGCAGGCUGAGGUGCGGCGGGCCCGGGAGCAGCGAGUACAGCAUCAGGUGGCGCGCUGCCUGGCAGCCUAUGUGCCCAGAGGGAGCCGGGGGCCGGGGGCUGCCCAGCGCAAGCUGGAGGAGCUGAGGCGCCAGGAGCGACAGCGCUUUGUUGAGUACCAGGCAGAGCUGCAAGGCAUCCAGCACCGGGUGCAGGCCCGGCCCUACCUGUUCCAGCAGGCCAUGCAGGCCAACGCCCGGCUCAACGUGACCCGGCGCUUCUCCCAGGUGCUGUCGGCGCUGGGACUGGAUGAGGAGCAGCUGCUGGCCGAGGCGGGCAAAGGGGACACGGAGGGCGCCCCCAGGAGGCACAGGAACCCUGGCUGUUGCGACGCCCCCGCCCAGCACACACGGCUCUGUCUCUGCCCAGAGGAGUGA